AUGAAUGUUCACCAAGUGAGUAAUGGCCAAGAUGAAGGCGUAGUUCGAGGUGGUGCGGCACCGGGGGCCCAUAGGGCAAGCGGUGACUGGCAUUGGUCCGAUGAGGAGUCCGACGACGAUGAGCCGGAUAUGAUAGAUCCGGCAAUCGCCGCCUCCUCGGACGAGGAGAACGAUGAGGACGGAGAUGAUAGUGGCUACGGGACAGAGGAGAGCGAAGCCCAGUCGGCGGUGAACCAGGGCCACCAGGAGGAGGAUGAUGAUGAAGAAAUGUGGAGAGAGCUGGACGAGGCGAUACGUAUGAUGGAUGACGAAGCGGCGGGAGAGGCGAGCAGCGGCCGAAGUAACCCAGAGGAGUAUGCGCCAUUGGAACAAAAUGAGAUCCAUGAGCCUCCGGCAAGAUUGUGGGAGCCAGCGCGGCCACCAACGCCGUUUCGUAUGGUGGACUCAAUGUCAGAGGUCAGCGAAACGGCGGAGAUGGCCGUGGCUGAUGAAGGUGCGGCUGAUGGAGUAGCCAGCCCACCUCCACUCGAGCCGGAGUGGACGGAUUGCGAGGCAGAGCUAUGUUGGAGAACCAGCAAUGGAUGA